AUGAACCCAGCAAACCAUUCCCAGGUGACAGCGUUUGUGCUCCUGGGGCUCUCUCAGGUAUGGGAGCUUCGGCUCCUCUUCUUCACUGUCUUGUCAGCUGUGUAUCUUAUGACGGUCACUGGCAAUCUGCUUAUUGUGGCCAUCGUGACAUCUGAUCCGCGCUUGCAUACGAUGAUGUAUUUUCUCUUAGGCAACCUUUCAUUCCUGGACUUCUGCUAUUCUUCCAUCACUGCCCCGAGGAUGCUGGUUGACUUGCUCUCAUGCAACCCAACCAUUUCCUUCAGUUCCUGCCUGACCAGGCUGUUCUUUUUUCACUUCAUUGGUGGCAUCAAGAUCUUCCUUAUCCACCUGCCAUUCUGUGGACCUGACAAGCUAGAUAACUUUUACUGUGAUGUGCCUCAGCUGAUCAAAUUGGCCUGCACGGAUACCUUUGUCCUGGAGCUUCUGAUGGUGUCAAACAAUGGUUUGGUCACCCUCAUGUGUUUUCUAGUGCUACUGGGAUCCUACACAGCCCUGCUAGUGAUGCUCCGAAGCCACUCUCGGGAGGACCGUAGCAAGGCUCUGUCUACCUGUGCCUCUCACAUUGCUGUGGUGACCAUAAUCUUUGUACCUUGCAUCUACAUCUACGCAAGGCCCUUUAGAACAUUCCCAAUGGACAAGGCAGUUUCUGUGUUAUACACAAUGGUCACCCCCAUGCUGAAUCCGGCUAUUUAUACCCUAAGAAAUAAGGAAGUGAUCUUGGCCAUGAAGAAGUUGUGGAGGAAACAGAAGGAUUUUAUUGGUCCCCCAGGCACUAACAGGGUCUGA